CCCUAGAAAGGAAAUAUCAAGCUGAGAGAGGAUGGAAGUCUCCCUCAACUUCCAUCGUCUUCUUCCCUUCGCACUGAUCCUUGCAUUCUCAGUUUUAGGCGAAUCUGCUUCGGAUUAUGGCUUCACCUUGGAGCUGGUCCACCGCGAUUCGCCCAGGUCCCCAUACUACAACCCGGCCGACACCCCGCAUCAACGUAUGGCGAAUGCCAUUCGGCGGUCCAUUUCCCGCGCCAACCGUCUCGAUCCGAGCUCUGCCGGUGCUCCGAAGACGCCCUCCAUGACGCUUGUCCCUAGCGACGGGGAAUACCUUAUGAACAUCUCGCUCGGGACCCCGCCCGUCUACUUUCUGGGGAUCGCCGACACGGGGAGCGACCUCAUAUGGACGCAGUGCAAGCCGUGCAAGGAUUGCUUCAAGCAAGCGAGCCCCCUCUUUGACCCGAGCAAGUCCAAGACGUACAAGGAGGUCUCGUGCCACACGUCGCUGUGCCGAGUGUUGGAUAAUAACUGCUUACGACGACCAGGGGUGUGCACGUAUUCUUCCAGAUAUGUCGAUAACUCUUCCACUGAGGGAACCCUAGCCACAGAGACCUUCACCUUGGGGUCCACCUCCGGCCGGCCGGUGAGCUUCCCGAAGCUGGUCUUCGGGUGUGGCCACAGCAGCAGAUUCACCUACAAGAUUCACGCGGACGGGAUCGUCGGGCUCGGGGGUGGCAACGCCUCCCUCGUAACCCAGCUGGGCACUGCCACCGGCGGGAAAUUCUCCUAUUGCUUGGUGCCCCGUUCCUCGAAUGAAAAAACUAGCAAGUUGAACUUCGGGGCCAACGCCGUGGUCGCCGGCCGGGGCACCGUCUCCACCCGUCUGAUCCAGAAGGAGGAAAAGACUUACUACUACCUGACCCUAGAAGCGGUGAGCGUCGGCAAGACGAGAGUAGAAUACACCUCCGGCAACACUUCCCCUUCCGGAGAAGAGGGAAACAUCGUCAUCGACUCAGGCACCGCCCAGACGUAUCUGCCCCAAGAUUUCUACAAGAAGAUCAAAGCCGCCGUGGUCAAGCAGGUCAAGCAGGUCAAGCAGGUCAAGCUGACCCGCUGGAGCUGCCCGCCUCGGUCCCCCGGCCUCUGUUACAGGGCCACGACGGUUGACGGGCUCGUCAUUCCGACCGUGACCUUCCAUUUCAAGGGCGCAGACGUGGAGCUGAGCCCAGAGAACACCUUCGUUCCAGUCGCUGACGGCAUCAUACAAUUCUGGUUGGCCCCGGGCAAUCAGUCGAUCUACGGCAACUUGGCGCAGACAAACUACUUGAUCGGAUACGACAUUCAGAAUAUGAAGUUGUCUUUCAAGCAUGUCGAUUGCACCUUGCACUGA